CUAAGAUACAAUUAAACUCACACAGAUUGGAAAAUGGUGAAUUUCUCCUUCAGGAAACCCUGAUGGACUUGAAUAUUCUAUAAUUUAGCAAAUUAGAAAAUGAGAAGGUGGAAGGAGAACUAGAAGGUCAUAAGCUGAUGACAGUUCUAAAACAGUAGCCCUUAGUAAAUUGCCAUUUUAACACUUGGUCUGGCUUCCAUAAUUAUAUCCAGCCUUAACCUCACUGGCUGCCAUUCUUUCCCAAGCAACAGCUGGAGAGCAGUGGCUCCUUGACCCUUAGCCCUCCUCUUACAAAUCAACAUCACAUUAUUGGCUAUUACCAUUCUCACGUUUCACAAACAUGUAAAUACCUUUCCACAAACUACCUGCCUGCUGUGAACACCCAAUAUUUCCACUUGUUGACUGUGCAAGUCUUCCCUUCUCCAGCCCUGGCGUAUCAUUUGUGGCGUUAAAGGAAAAGAACAUGUGGAGUGACCAGAAUGAGUCAAUCAAAGAGAGGCUGAGGGUCUAAGGAGUUAGAUCACAAGUAAUUAUUUCCUAUCUUCAUUCUGCAGCAUGUUUGCCCAAAUGUGGUGGAGUGAGGGUUACUCAUUCUGUGGCCUGUUUGCCCAAGUGUGGUGGAGUGCCCUUUGAGACCGAUACUUCCGUUCCUGAUACUCCAUUGCGCUCUGCCCUGAUACUAUAACUCAACCUGCUUCAACUGCUGACCCAUGUGGUGACCUGGAGCAACAUCCGAGGAUGAGGAACCUGACAGAGAACCAUCAGACACCCAAGGACAUCAGAAUGAGUGACAACACUACUUUGGCUCCUCCAGCUUCAAAUCAGGGUCCCACUACCCCACGCAAGGGGCCCCCCAAGUUCAAGCAGAGACAGACUCGCCAGUUCAAGAGCAAACCUCCUAAGAAAGGUGUGAAAGGAUUUGGAGAUGACAUUCCAGGCAUGGAGGGUCUGGGAACAGAUAUCACGGUGAUUUGUCCCUGGGAGGCAUUCAGCCACCUGGAAUUGCAUGAGCUCGCUCAGUUUGGGAUCAUCUGAUGACCAAGGUUCUGCCAUUCUCAAUAUCAUCAGCUGUAGUUUUGAUUACUUUUGCCCUAUUGAUCUGCCAGAGUCUUGAAAUUCAGCUGUUCGGAAGUGGUUUCUUAGCUUACACAGUCAUUUCCCCUAAAUUGCUAUGAAGAGUUCUCUUAGUGUCAGACUCUCUCUUGCUAUAUAGUUCAGCUCAGAAUAGUGGAUGCAAAUUGACUUUCAUUAGGGCCUUUCAAACUUGACCACCUUUUCCUAUCAGCUGGUUAGAAUUCGUUGAUAGUUCUCUAAAUUUUGUUAAGUCCUUCAAAUCUAUUUGUACUAGGCAUUUCCUGUAAUUAGUAGUAGCUUUUUAGGAUAACACUUA